UAAAGCCUCCCCCUAUUUGCUCUUACUUUCUUUUUCUCUUUUCACUCACCCAAGCUUCACUAGCUUCUACUCUACUCACUCCCCUCUCUACUUCUCUCUCAAAUACCUCUCUUCUUUCUCACUCUAGUUGCAGAAAGAUCACAUUUUUCACAGUGACAGCUUAGUAUCCGGAGAGUUUGUUGUGUGAAGAAGCCAUGAGAGGACCUUUGGGAGCAGUUAUAGGGAGGUACCCAUCAAGUGAUGGAAGUGUUCCAAUUGAUGGUGGAAUCAUAAGGCACAACAGGAAAUGUAGGGAUAUUGCAUUUCUUGUUAUAUUUAUAGCAUUUUGGGUGGCCAUGAUUGUUAACUCUAGCUUUGGAUUUAACCAAGGAAACCCACUAAGGCUUACAUAUGGGUUGGACUACAAAGGUAACGUAUGUGGUGACAGGCAUGCGGAUCCUGGCCUUCGUGAACUGGAACUGAGAUAUUGGCUAAAUCCUAAUCAGGUUUAUCAAAGUGGUUUGAAGGACGGCCAAUUAAAGUUGGAAAAUGCCCGGAGUAUAUGCUUGUUGGAUUGCCCUAUCCCGGCUGAGGAUUCACUAAAUUGGGUCUGUGAUUAUCCAGAGGGAGAAAUUCGUCUCAAUAUGGACGACUGGAUUGAUAGAAAUUAUGAUUAUUUUGAAUUCCUUACGCCAGCAAUGCGAAACAGCUCUCUUCAACUUCAGGGUCCUUGUUAUCCUGUCUUGUUUCCAAGUGUAAAUGUUUAUUGGAGCUGCCAAUACUUAGCUCGUGUGUCAAAUUUGUCUUUGAAGCAUUGGCAACAGAUGGGUGGAGUGAAUAUCAAUGAGGACAUUAUAAUUGAUAAAUCAAUUCACAAGACGGUCAACUCUCGAUCAUCUGUAUUAAAGAGAUAUAUGGCAGAUAUUGGAAAGUCCUGGCCAGUAUUGAUUGUCUGUGGAGGACUCUUGCCACUGUUUCUCUCAGUGAUUUGGCUGCUGAUGAUUCGGCAUUUUGUUGCUGCAAUGCCAUGGAUAACAGUUUCCCUCUUUAAUAUUCUCAUAAUAUCUGUGACUAUGUUUUAUUACUUAAAAGCUGGAUGGAUAGGGAACGAUGCCAUCUCCCCCAUCAUUGGUGUUCAUGAUCCAUACUAUCAUGUAUCUGCACGGGAGCUAAAUCAUAUCCGUGCUGUUGCUGUUCUUAUGACCUUUAUAAUGGUUGUUGCCAUUCUUACUUCAAUUGCUAUUGUUCGCCGCAUCCUAAUGGCAACAUCUGUCCUGAAGGUUGCUGCAAAGGUCAUUGGAGAAGUUCAAGCACUCAUAAUUUUUCCAAUCAUACCCUAUUUGAUGCUUGCAAUUUUUUAUAUGUUCUGGAUUUCAGCUGCUCUUCAUUUGUUCAGUUCUGGCCAGGUUGUUCAAAAUAAGUGCAAUUCCAACUGCUGUGCCUAUGAUCUUGUGUCAAAAAGUGUGAACUGUGAUCGCUGCUGUGGUUAUAGCAUCCAUUACACUCCACAUAUUGCUAUUGCCAUCUUUUUCCACCUCUUUGGAUGCUACUGGGCUACUCAAUUUUUCAUUGCAUCGUCUUCGACUGUAAUUGCAGGUUCUGUUGCCUCUUAUUAUUGGGCUCGUGGUGAAACAUCGCCAGAGAUUCCAUUUCUUCCAGUUUUUUCCUCUAUGAAACGGCUGCUGCGAUACAGUCUUGGUUCUGUGGCUCUUGGAUCCUUGAUUGUGUCAUUUGUAGAAUCAAUUCGCUUUAUUCUUGAGUCAAUUCGUCGCAAAAUGAAAAUUGGUGGUACUACACCUGAUAGCUGGUAUGGAAAGGCAGCAUUUUAUUCUUCUCGGGGUUGUCUGAGGGGCAUAGAAUGGACCAUCAAAUCCGUGAACCGCAAUGCCUAUAUAAUGAUUGCUAUUACGGGAAAAAGCUUCUGUAGGGCUUCUGCUAUUGCAACAGAAUUGAUCAUGAAUAACAUCCUUCGCAUAGGGCGGGUGAAUGUGAUUGGAGAUGUUAUUCUAUUUCUUGGGAAAUUGUGUGUCAGCCUCUCGAGUGCUGUUUUUGCUUUCCUCAUGUUGGAUACCCACAAAUACAGAUCUGCUCAUAACAAGAUAUCCUCCCCGUUGUUUCCUGUGUUGGUUUGCUGGGGUCUUGGCUAUGUUGUGGCGACUCUGUUCUUCGGAGUGGUGGAGAUGUCAAUUGAUACAAUCAUCCUUUCGUUCUGCCAGGACUCAGAAGAGCACCAAGGCACAGCUCAAUAUGCUCCUCCACUUCUCAUUGAAACCCUCAAUGACCAAAAUGAGAUGCAGAGACUAACUCAAUGACCCUUUUGAAGAUAAAAUCAAUGUAUAAUUUUUUUUUUCCUUUAUUACAUAUAAUUAAUAGAAUUCAGGAACCUAUUUAUAUUAGCAAUGCUAUUGCAUUUGCAUCAUUUUGUUCA